AUGAGUAAGAGUAUUUAUGGCUACAUAAAUUUAUUUCCUGUAUGUGAGAGAACUAAGAAUUCUAUUACAAAGGAUAAUGAAGGCGCGUUCAAUUCAGUCUGUUUAGAAGACACUAAUAUAUCAGAAGAUAUAAAAUCCGAUUUUAAUAGCAUUUGCAAAAAUGUUUUGUCAUAUUUUAAUAUGAUGGAAAAAGGAAAACAUUCAGAUAAUAAUAUUUUGGAUGGAACCUGUGUAUACUUACAUUAUUGGUUAUAUCAAUACCACCUUAAGGAAAAAAAUAAUAAAAAUAUCAUUGCAAAAAAGCUUUGUGAUGCAUUGAUAAAUCGAAAUAAUAUAAAUGGAGAUCCUAUAUGCGAGAAUUAUAAGGAUUUUCAUAUAACAGAAGAUGUGUUAAAAAAAAUGAAGGAUCUAUAUGAUAUGAAUACUAAUGUUAAUAAUUUAAGCAAUAGUUGUACCAAAGGUAACACAUGUGAAUCUGCUAAUAAAUUUGCUUUAUCAUAUAAGAGUUAUAAGAGUGAAUGUGAAUCCUACAAGGAUGGGGAUUUUUGUAAAAUAUUAGAUGAAUAUAAAAAUAAAUAUAAUUCAAAAAUAAUAGACCUUAUUGAUGAUACUGCUAUGUAUGAAAUAUUAUAUUCAUUCCAAAGAAAUAAUAUCUUCCGUACUAUUAUAUCAGUAAUUGCUGGAGCACUAUUUAUACUCUUAUUUAUAUUUAUUCUUUAUAAGUUUUGCAGAGACAUUUCAUGCUUGCUUCGUGGAAUAAUAAGAAAGAAAAAUACACGCAAUAAUAUAGAUGAAGAAUGGAAUGUUUUAACGCUUUCUGACCCAUCCCCCAACACUACAAAAAAUAGAAAGCAUAAUAUAUCAUAUCAUUCUGCCUAA